CGCCAGGCUUACCAUCUCUCACCUCUGACUGACUUUUUGAUCACUGCUUUCAGGGAACAGAUAAAUGCUCCUAAUGCCCAAAAGAGAGGGGCACGCAGUCUGGAGGCUCCGCUAAGGUUUUUUUCUGGGGCUUGGUCAUGACAUCCUCCGCACGUGCAGAGGGCAGGCAUACACCACGAUGAAAGGACUGCGUCGUCAGUAAUACCGACGACCCGUGGCGAGCACCGCAGUCCAGGUCGCUGACCGCUUGCGUUCCGAUGGGACGUGACACCAGCCCCCCCUUCCCCCCCAGGGCAAUCCGAGGCGCACCGCGGACCUAGCGCUGGAAGCAGUGAUCCGGCUCGGUGAGGGGUUCUAUUGAGGACGCAGCGCCCGGACCAGGCAGGACAGGCCCCAGGAGUCUAUUUUGCAGCUCUGGAGUUUUUAUAGAAUACUGUAAACAAUUGUCAAAGUUGUUUUUCAAGGAACAGAAAAAGUUGUGACUUUGUCCUAGUAACAGACUUUUACAGUUGCAGUCAAUGCCUAACGUUGCAGAAACAGAAAGGUCAAAUGAUUCUGGAAAUGGUGAGCACAAACCUGAGAGAAAGUCUCCUGAAGAGAGUCUACAAGGUGCUGUAAAAUCUUUCUGUACAAGUGCCUCAGGAGCACCCUUGAGUUCCAAAGGAGAUGGUCAUUAUCCGUGGAGUUGUCCAGUGACUCAUACUCGGGAAAAAAUUUAUGCCAUCUGUUCGGACUAUGCCUUUCUCAACCAGGCCACCUCAAUCUACAAGACUUCAAAUCCAGCCCGCCCUUCUUGCCUCCCUGAUAAUACCUCUUUAUCUGCUGGAAGUAAUUCAUCAAGAUACAUUGGUAUCCCUACGAGUACAUCAGAAAUAAUCUACAAUGAAGAAAAUAGCUUGGAAAACUUAUCCAAUAGCCUGGGCAAGCUACCUCUCGCAUGGGAAAUUGACAAAUCUGAAUUCGAUGAGGUGACCACAAAUUUGAAACACAAAUCAGGCAGUGCAAAGAAACAAAUUUCCAAGAAAAAAUCUUCAGAUAAAAAGGGAAGGCAUCAGAGAGAGUGUCCUCAGCAUUCUCCUCUUGAAGAUAUUAAGCAGCGGAAAGUAUUAGACCUCAGACGAUGGUACUGCAUAAGCCGACCACAAUAUAAGACUUCUUGUGGUAUCUCCUCAUUAAUUUCCUGUUGGAAUUUCUUAUAUAGCACAAUGGGAGCUGGAAAUCUUCCACCUAUUACCCAAGAAGAAGCUUUACAUAUUUUGGGCUUUCAACCCCCUUUUGAAGAUAUUAGGUUUGGUCCCUUCACUGGAAAUACAACACUCAUGAGAUGGUUUAGACAAAUUAAUGAUCACUUCCAUGUUAAAGGAUGCUCUUACGUUCUAUAUAAACCUCAUGGGAAGAAUAAAACAGCUGGAGAAACUGCUCCAGGGGCCUUGUCAAAAUUAACACAUGGAUUGAAAGAUGAAUCACUAGCUUAUAUCUAUCAUUGCCAAAAUCAUUAUUUUUGUCCGAUUGGCUUUGAAGCAACCCCUGUUAAAGCGAAUAAAGCAUUCAGCAGGGGUCCUCUUUCACCACAGGAAGUAGAAUAUUGGAUCUUAAUUGGAGAAUCAAGUAGAAAACACCCUGCUAUUCACUGUAAAAGAUGGGCAGAUAUUGUUACUGAUCUAAACACUCAAAAUCCAGAAUAUCUUGAUAUUCGGCACUUAGAGAGGGGUCUGCAAUAUCGGAAAACAAAGAAGGUUGGCGGAAAUUUGCAUUGCAUCAUAGCAUUCCAGAGAUUAAAUUGGCAAAGAUUUGGCAUUUGGAAUUUUCCAUUUGGAGCUAUUAGACAAGAAUCACAACCUCCAACACAUGCCCAGGGAAUUGCUAAAUCUGAGAGUGAAGACAAUAUCUCCAAGAAACACCAUGGGCGUCUGGGCCGGUCUUUCAGUGCUAGUUUCCAUCAGGAUUCGGCAUCAUGGAAAAAGAUGUCUAAUAUUAGUAUUUGGUUAAAUCAAGCUCUUAAAGGAGUCCGGGAUCGCCACGGGAAUUCAAUAGAGAAUGCUCAUCUUCUCACUCUAUUUCAUCGGCUCUGCAAACUCUUAUUUUUUCGAAUUCGUCCUAUUUUCGUGUUUGAUGGGGAUGCUCCACUAUUGAAGAAACAGACUUUGGCUAAGAGGAGGCAGAGAAAGGAUUUGGCUUCCAGUGACUCCAGAAAAACUACAGAGAAGCUUUUGAAAACAUUUUUGAAAAGACAAGCCAUCAAAACUGCUUUCAAAAGCAAAAGAGAGGAAGCACUACCCAGUCUCACGCAAGUUCAAAGAGAAGAUGACAUCUAUGUUUUGCCACCUUUACAAGAGGAAGAAAAGCAUAGUUCAGAAGAGGAAGAUGAAAAAGAAUGGCAAGAAAGAAUGACUCAAAAGCAAGUACUACAGGAAGAGUUCUUUCAAAAUCCUCACUCAAUAGAUAUUGAAUCUGAGGACUUCAUCAGCUUGCCCCCUGAAGUAAAGCAUGAAAUCUUGACUGAUAUGAAAGAAUUUACCAAGCGAAGAAGAACAUUAUUUGAAACAAUGCCAGAGGAGUCCAAUGACUUUUCACAGUAUCAACUCAAAGGUUUGCUUAAAAAAAACUAUCUAAACCAGCACAUAGAAAAUGUCCAAAAGGAAAUGAAUCAGCAACAUUCAGGACAAAUCCAAAAGCAGUAUGAGGAUGAAGGGGGCUUCCUGAAGGAGGUAGAGUCUAGGAGAGUCGUCUCGGAAGACACUUCCCAUUACAUCUUGAUAAAAGGUAUUCAAGCUAAGAAAGUUGCAGAAGGGGAUUCAGAGUCUCUUCCUUCUUCCAGCAAAAUGCACAGCUUGUCUUCUGACUUGAAAUCACCUCCCUGUGAAAAAUUGAAACUGGAGAAAGAGCCUGAUAACACCCCUCCAUCCCCAAGAACUUUGUUAGCUAUGCAAGCUGCCAUGCUGGGAAGCAGCUCAGAAGAGGAGGCUGAGGGGGAAAAGCGAAGGCAGGACCACGGGAGAAGGGCGGCGGCUGUAGAGGAAGGCUCCAUAUCACCACGCACUCUCUCAGCUAUUCAGAAAGCUCUUGAUGAGGAUGAAGAUGUAAAAGUGCAUACUGGACAUGGCAAACAUACGGGACACCCAGGAGCCAAAAGACUGCUUAUAAGCAGUUCUGAUGAGGACAAUGAUGAAGGAGUCCAAGUGAGAAAUGGAAAAGGAGGGCUGUUUACUGGAGGGCUCCCUUCAACCAGCGUGAGCUUUGGAGGGGAAUGUGUAGUCAGCACUCCGAAUGAAAAAGAACUGGCAGACUCAGCCCCUUUAUUGAGAACUGUGUUUUGUCAAGGUAGUGAUUCUAAUGCUCUAAAAGAACAGCCAUCGUCGUUUGUCCAUGUGGUGCAGGAAGCCUCUCAAACAGGUGAUGAGUCUCUGGGGAAGGAUGGAGAAGAGCCACUUCCUUUGCAGAGCACAACGGCUAUGUACAGUGAUGCACCUGUGCUCCUGGGUGGAGGGGAGCAGGCCCCAGCACGUCCAACCAGUACCAGCUCUGUGUCAGAGAAUGACGCCCAUACUAAAGUGCUUGAGCUACAGGAUAGUCUUUAUCCAGUUGAGAGUAAAGAUGAUUCCUCUGUUCUUUCAAGAGAUGAUGAAACCACAUAUGAUCAAAAUCCAGCUCCCCAAGUCAUUGGUACUGUCACGUUGCAAGAAACAAGCAACGUGGUGGAUGUCCCUUCAGAGGCAAUAGGUGAUUUAGGGGGUACCAUAUCAUUUAACGCUAAAGAGCAAGAGAAUUUCCUGAAAACUGCCCAGGAACGAGAGAUGAUUGAAUCUGCUGGUCAAGGUUUAAUUUCAGUUCCAAAGUCUGAAGAAUUAGUGGAAGUCAACUCUGAAGAAAGUGAAUCUGAUGGAAGUUUCAUUGAAGUGCAGAGUGUGACUAGUGGUGAUGAACCUCAAGCUGAAUUGUGGGAUGCUUCCAGUCCUCCCUCUGAACAAGGUGAAGAGGAGCCCAUGGGAACUGAGGCAGAAGAAGCCACUGGUGAGAGCCUUGUAAGGGACAACUCUGAAAGUGAAGACUUGGAUAUUGAACCACAGAAAGAAGCUGCAAAGGAUGCAGAUGAUUCACUCAAUGAAUGGCAAGAUAUUAAUUUGGAGGAGCUGGAGACUCUGGAAUGUAACCUUUUAGCAGAACAGAAUUCCCUGAAAGCUCAGAAACAGCAGCAAGAACGGAUCGCUGCUACUGUAACGGGACAGAUGUUCCUGGAAAGUCAGGAACUCCUGCGCCUGUUCGGCAUUACCUACAUUGAGGCUAUUCCCUACAUUGAGGCUCCCAUGGAAGCGGAGGCACAGUGCGCUGUCUUGGACCUGACAGAUCAGACUGCUGGAACCAUCACCGAUGAUAGUGAUAUCUGGCUGUUCGGGGCACGGCAUGUUUAUAAAAACUUUUUUAAUAAAAACAAAUUUGUGGAGUAUUACCAAUAUGUGGACUUUCAUAACCAAUUAGGUCUGGACCGGAACAAAUUAAUCAAUUUGGCUUAUUUGCUCGGAAGUGAUUAUACUGAAGGGAUACCAACUGUCGGUUGUGUAACAGCCAUGGAAAUUCUCAAUGAAUUCCCUGGGCAUGGCUUGGAACCUCUCCUAAAGUUCUCAGAGUGGUGGCAAGAAGCUCAAAAACACCAGAAGCUAAGACCUAAUCCUCAUGACACCAAAGUGAAAAGAAAACUGCGGAAGCUGCAGCUGGCACCUGGCUUCCCCAACCCCGCCGUGGCAGACGCCUACCUCAAACCUGUUGUAGACGCCUCCAAGGGGUCAUUUCUGUGGGGAAAACCCGACCUUGACAAAAUCAGAGAAUUUUGUCAGCGGUAUUUCGGCUGGAACAGGACUAAGACGGAUGAAUCUCUGUUCCCAGUGUUAAAGCAACUGAACGUCCAGCAGACACAGCUCCGAAUUGAUUCUUUCUUUAGAUUAGCUCAACAGGAAGAUCAAGAUGCUAAACGCAUUAAGAGCCAGAGACUGAACAGAGCUGUGACAUGUAUGCUGAGGAAAGAAAGAGAAGCAGCAGCCACGGAGAUGGAAGCAGUCUCUGUUGCUAUGGAGAAAGAAUUUGAGAUACUUGAUAAGACAAAAGGAAACACCCAGAAGAGGAACAUAGCAAAUAAAUGCCUGAAAAGAAAGAGGCUUUCUGAUUCUAAGCGAGAGAAUAAAUGUGGUGGAUUUCUGGGGGAGCCCUACCUCUCAGAAUCAUCAGAUGCAUCUUCCAGUGAGGAUACUGGAAAUUUAAUGUACAUAGAAAAGAGAAAAGUAGCUAAAGAGUCAGAAGUCAGCUCAUCAGACAUGCAGAAGUCAGUGAAAGAUACUCAGGCGAAAGACAGAGGCGUGACUUCGAGCAGCUCCAGCGAUGAUGAUGGAGAGAAAACAAGGACAGUCCUGGUGACAGCCAGAUCUGUGUUUGGGAAGAAAAAAGGGAAACGGAGAAGUAUGAGGGGAAGAAAGAAGAAAAUGUAAUUUGAAAAUAUGUGUUCUCUAUAAUUAGGUGUAACAUGACCUUUUAUAAUGAAUUCAUUGCGAGGAUAUCAAAUUAAAUGAUUUGCACAGUCUUUGUA